AUGUCAGCUUUCCUGAAUGUCACCACCUCUUCCAUCGUUUUCCUGCUAACUGGUGUUCCUGGACUGGAAGCUUUCCACACCUGGAUCUCCAUUCCCUUCUGCUUUCUCUAUGUCACUGCCCUUUCAGGAAACAGCCUCAUUCUCUUUGCCAUUAUCUCUCAGCCCAGACUCCAUGAACCCAUGUACUAUUUCCUUUCCAUGCUCUCCACCACUGACCUUGGUCUGUCCGUAUCUACUCUAGCCACCAUGUUGGGUAUAUUCUGGUUCAAUGCCAGGGAGAUCAGCUUUAAUGCCUGCUUGUCACAGAUGUUCUUUAUUCAACUUUUCACUGUCAUGGAAUCCUCAGUAUUGUUGGCCAUGGCCUUUGAUCGCUUCGUGGCAAUUUCCAAUCCUCUUAGAUAUGCCACCAUUUUAACGGAUCUGAAAAUCGCCCAGAUUGGCAUAGCCAUUGUCAUCAGGGGCACAUUAAUCCUGACUCCUAUGGUUGUACUUCUUAAAAGAUUGUCUUACUGCCACAGCCACGUGCUCCACCACUCCUACUGCUUUCACCCCGAUGUGAUGAAGCUCUCUUGCACAGACACCAGGGUCAACAGUGCUGUUGGUUUGACUGCUCUGAUAACCACUGCUGGGGUGGACUCCGUUUUCAUUGUCUUUUCAUAUGUUUUGAUCAUUAAGACUGUUCUCAGCAUUGCGUCCCCAGAAGAGAGGAAGAAAGCCUUUAACACCUGUAUCUCCCAUAUUGGGGCUGUUGCUGUCUUCUAUAUUCCAUUGAUCAGCUUGUCUUUUGUUCACAGAUUUGGGAAACAAGCCCCACCCUAUGUACAUACAUUGAUUGCCAAUGCUUACUUGCUAAUCCCCCCAGUAAUGAAUCCCAUAAUCUACAGUGUCAAGACUAAACAGAUACGCAGAGCUGUGAUAAAAGUUCUCCUUUCCAAGGUGCAAAAGAAGUAA